AGAGAGAGAGAAAUCCUGAAACCACAGCCAGAACCCAGGAGUUUGAAUUGCUGAGUAUCUCCAAGCAGCAUGGUUCUGAUUACAUUUGGAUGUCAUUUCCAGCUCCUUUUCUGCUUUGUGUUAUCUCAGUCUUCUUUCUUGGAGAACAUUGUCUCUUUCCCAGCAGCACUAAAAUCACUGGAACAUAAAAAGAGAAGCACGAGCAAUAUAUGCUGCCUCCUUACUCCACCGCCUCCUCCUUUAUUCCCUCCUCCACCAUCACUGCGAGAUCCUCACAAUCAGAAUGAAGAAAACAAAGAAAAUGAAGAAAAAAAGAAUUCUACAAUGCCUACAUGUAUGCCAGGCCCAUCUGGGCCUCCUGGACCCAAGGGCCCUCAAGGAAUUCCAGGGUUAAUGGGACCAAAAGGGGAGAAGGGAGAAAUUGGCAGGCCUGGAUCAAAGGGAAGAACAGGCCCACCAGGCCUUCCAGGAAGACAAGGGCCAGCAGGUUGGCCAGGACCAAGUGGGCCAAAGGGUGAAAAGGGAGAUCCAGGUCUAAUGGGAUUGCCAGGUGCACGAGGACCAAUAGGGCCCAAGGGUUUGCCUGGAUUUAAAGGAGAAAAGGGAUCUAGAGGUGAACAAGGAGAGCAAGGUCUGAAAGGUGAAAAGGGAAAUAUGGGACUACCUGGAAUGCUGGGCCAGAAGGGAGAAAUGGGUCCAAAGGGAGAACCUGGAGUAUCAGGACAUCGAGGCCCAACUGGUAGACCUGGCAAAAGAGGAAAACAUGGAGAAAAGGGAGAAACUGGGCAUGCUGGUCCAAUUGGCCCUGUUGGUCCACCUGGAGCUACUGGUCAUCCAGGCCCACCUGGACUUCCUGGAUCAGGUCGAAUAAUAAUGGGACAAAAAGGUGAGAAAGGACUUCCUGGAAUUCCAGGCCGAUGCUACUGUAACCCACCGGUAACUGUGAAUAGCCCUCCAUAUGAGGAGCCUUUGCCUGGCGUCAACUACCCUAAAGUGCCAGUGAAUAAAGCACACAAGGGAGCACGCAAAAUAAGAACAAUUAGAACAAACCCAAUCCCUGAUGCCACUCUGGGCCUGGCUGAACAAGUCUUAGACGUCUGUCUUCUAGAUAAGAUUUUUGUGGUAAAUAAUCAAGAUGAACUGGACAGGCUAAACACUGACAAUGCACUGGCUUUCAGAAGAGAUCAAAAGUCACUUUAUUUUAAGGAUACGGAAGGAUGGUUUCCAGUUCAGCUGACACCAUACCAGUCUGUUGAAAGCCCUGAACCGGAAGGUUUUUGUGGGGAUGGAAUUGUGCAGGAGCUUAAUGAUGAAGACUGUGAUGAUGGCAACAAGAUUGUUACUGAUGGCUGCAUCAAAUGCAAACAUGCUUAUUGUGGGGAUGGAUAUCGGCAUGAUGGGGUUGAAGAGUGUGAUGGCAAAGACUUUGGUUAUCAGACUUGCAAAACAUAUCUUCCUGGGUCUUAUGGAGAGCUGAAAUGCACCUCUUACUGCUACAUUGACUCUACAAACUGCAAGUUUUUUACAUGAAGGCAGCAAAAGGAGUAACGCUUGCUUCUCACAGUAUGUUGUAUAUUUGGUGCUAUUACCAAUCUGGCAGGACUGAGGCAAUGCAAAACAAAACACAACACAACACAGGUUAGACUUUCUGUUCUCUUGCUGCUCUGAGGCACAUAGGUGACGGGGAUUUCUAUAAUCCAAACGUUUGUCUGGAAACACAUCCCUUAGGACCAUUGUAUUCUGUCUUAAUAACUCAACAAAAGUCGGUAUGCUAAGUAGACCUUUAAAGCGUCUUGAGUGACAUCUGAAGAUCCGCCACCUCUGCAGGGAUGUAAUUGAUGGCAAAGCCGAUGAAGAAUACAGAGAACCAGGAAACAGACUGGUGCAGGUGGAACAACAUUACCUCGACUUAGCACUGUUACAUAGGUCAUUCAGGUCUUUGGGAACUUUGGAACAUCUGUAUUCUGGGUGCUGUGUGGAUAGAAACACUUUAAUCUUUUACUUUAAUGUGAAUUCAUAUUUAAUAGAACCGCAUGAAGACAGCAAAAGUACCCAGUACCAUAAGCUAUAUUCUACUAGAUGUUGCAGCUUCCGUGUCCACAAUGUUAUGUACUUUUUAAAACUUUGAAGUUCUGUAUUUAGAGUAUUAUAAUUUGUUUUCUGUUCUGUAAUCAGGGAUUCAAAUGCAGUCUUUUUUUAUUCACAAUUUUAGAAAUCCACACCUACAGUAUAUCACAUGCAAGCAAAGGUGUCUGUUUGGUGUGGUACUCUGUUAAAGCAUCACACAUUUCAUUACAACGCAAUAGUACUAAUAAAAAAAAAAAUGAAAACCAUUUUUAGAUGCAGAUUAAAAACACAAUGGUUUAAAAAUGAUUUUUAAUACUGCAUUGUUUAUUUAAUUCUUUGGGCAGAAGACCAAAAGAACACCAAAACCCCUCAUAAACAAGUUUCUCGAUAGCAUUCCUUUAGCCUUACUCUAGACGUCGUCGCCCCAGUAAGGUGACACCUUGCAGUCUUUAUGGUGUCCAUUACAAUCGAUUAAACCAAGAUUAUUGUGGAAAGCACAAUUAUUUUAAGGGGCUAAAAAACAAAAGUGCACAGCAUGCUGUGCAAAAGACAAAAAAUAUCUUGGGUAAGCAUUUGUCAUUAUUAUUAUUAUUAUUUUUUUUUUUUGUAUCUUUCAAAUACUUUUUUUUUUUCAUUUAUUAAAAUCUGACCUACCUCACUGUGGGUUAAAAUGUCUGUCACAUUCUGGAUAUCGGCGGCUGGUGAACAGUGAUGUAACGAUGAGCCCUAUUUGCCGUAGCUUUGUGUAUCUUAAAGAGCCUCUUCAUUGAGUAUUGGACAUUUCGAUAUGAGCCCUUGGUUUUUUUUUUUGAUUUUGUUUUAUUUUUUUAUCAACACAAUUUCCAUGAUGCUUGGCAUUAAAACAUUGUCUAUGUGUGCACAUUUAUAGUGUCUGCAAAAUGUACAAUAUAUACAGAACAAAAUAAAGAUAUAUCUGGGAAUGCGUAUCAGUCGUUCAGCCCUCGUAAGGUCCACAGAAAAUAAUGGAAUGCUUAUAAUGUGCAUGGGCUUCACGCUUCAGGGACUUCAUUUACCACAGAGGUUUCUCACUUAUCAUUUUCUCAGUACUGUCAGUAAGCAAAUGGAUGACUCAUGUAAAUUACGAUGUAUAAAUCUUUCUUUUGUGUUUUGUAUAUUACGGCAUUAUGAUGCAUUUGCAUGUUCACAAUGUUGUCACUCAGAUGCCAACAAACAAAACUGACUGUUUUUCUGGUGACAUUUUGCAACAUGCUCAUUAAACUGUCUUGUGUCA